AUGGAAACCGUUCUCCUCAUUCUCGACGUUCAAAACGGGGUGAUCGACCGCCUCGAAAACACAGAGCCCUACCUACAACGCUUGGCAUCAACUGUCACAGCCGCUCGCAAACAUAACAUCAAAGUAAUGCAUGUCGUGACCUCAUUCCGGCCCGGCUACCCAGAGAAGCACCCCAACAACUCAUCCUUGACUGCUGUCGCUGCUCGCGGUGCAUACCUCGAUGGCGAUGAUUCGGUCCAAGUCCACCCAGCCAUUGCACCAGCUGCCAGAGAGGUAGUUCUUACGAAGCGCCGUGUGUCGGCAUUCUUUUCUACCGAACUCAAUAUGCUUCUACGCUGCGCUAGUGCCGAGGCUAUCGUUGUCGCUGGGUUGAUCACUAGUGGUGCUGUGCUGUCGACUGUUCGCCAGGCGAUGGAUCUGGAUUACCGCAUUACGAUUCUCGAGGAUUGCUGCAUGGAUCGGGAUGAGGAGGUGCACCGUAUUUUGAUGCAGAAGGUCUUCGCACACAAAGCUCAGAUUGUUUCUGCCGAGAAAUGGGUGAAGGGUCUUGCGAAGGAAUCCUAA